AUGUCAGAGGCCUCCUCCACUUCCCAUGGUAAUCCAAGCACAGGCCAGCCGACACCGCCGCAGCUGAACAGAUCCUGCGAGUCCUGCAGGAGUUUGAAGGUGCGCUGUCUGCCCAGCCCGUCCACACCCAACCAGUGCCAGCGAUGUGCAAAAGGAAAAAAGCCAUGCGUCUUCGUGGCCCCGCAGAGGCGGCGGCCUCGCAAGCGAACCGAUUCGCGCGUGGCCCAGCUCGAGAAGGAAAUGCGGAUGAUGCGAUCCCUGCUCAAGGAUCGCAUCCGUGAGGAGAGUGAGCCCGAAUCGCCCGGGGGUAGCGAGGGUUCGCGCGAGGAUUCGGGCGACACGGAAUUUCCGGACCAUCUCGGCUCCAUCUCAGAGGCACCAACCAGCACGGCCGACUCUGCCCGAUACAUGGAUUAUUCCCCUGAUUUCAUCAACACUUCUCAUGCGGGGGUGCAGGGUAGUGGGACUCUUUCGGCUCCGCCAUCCUUCUCAGGCUUGCACACGAAUUUCUCGCUCGAUUCAAGUAGGCCUCCUGUCGAGGAUGUCAUUGACCGAGGCAUCAUCACGCUCGAAGAUGCAGAGCAGCUGGUAGCCUUCUACAUCCAUGAGCUCGCCUCUGUUUUCCCUCUUGUUGUUUUGCCCACCAGCACCACGGCGGCACAAAUGCGACAGUCGAAACCCGUUCUCUUUAUGUCAGUGCUCGCCGCAGCCUCCAUAUCCAUCGACGCGGGGUUGGCGGGUCUUUUGAACCGCGAGAUGGUCCGUCUCUAUGCCGAGCGAUUCUUUAUCGAGGGUGAGAAAUCGUUGGAAUUGGUGCAGGCGUUAUUGCUCAUGAUCAUAUUUUAUUUCCCGCCGGGCUCGCCUUUGAAGUUGCAGUUUUAUCAGUACACGCAUAUCGCUUCGACGAUGGCUUUGGAAAUCGGACUGGCCACUAAACGACGGGUCUCGAAGAAGUCUGAUCGGAAGAAUAAGAAUGAACCAUACGACGAACAGUUGGCGGAGCAGGCGAGGGCGGUUCUGGGAUGCUACCAUCUAGGAUCAACUGUGGCAAUGAAAACACGCCGGCCGAAUUUGCUUCAGUUCAACGACUGGAUGACCGAAUGUGUGAGUCAGUUGGAACGGUCGCCGCACCGGACCGAUCAGCAUUUGGCCGUUUGGUUUGAGCUCCAGCGAAUCACCGAUGAAGCGAUGUCUUCGUUUGGUUUGGACGAUACCAGUACUUCCUCGCCGUUGACUGAAUCCCGCGUCCAGGCUGUGCUGCGGUGGUUUGACAAGCGAAUGGAGACUUGGAAGAAGAACACCCCAACCGACAUGCUCAAUGUGCCAAUGAUCCUCGAAUACCGAUCCGCCGUUCUCGCCAUGUAUGAACUGGGCGUGGGAGAAGGGUACCGAGACCCCGAUGCCAUCACCCGCCGAUAUUUCACGCUCCCAACACUAGACGAAGAGGGCAACACGAAGCCUGCGGAACCCCACCUUAGUGCAAUCCGCAUUGAUAUCAACGUGAAAUGGAUGAGCGCAGCACAGGAGCUGUUGGAUGCAAUUUUUGCCUGCAGCACGGAAACGAUGCGGAGGCUGCCGAACCUGAUGUACACCCGGUUCGGGUCUGCAGUGACCUCACUGUUGAAGCUCCAUUUCUCCGUCCGCACCGGUGCUCUGGGCCAAGUAGUCACAGCCGAGACGGUCAACGUUGGGUAUUAUCUCGACAUGAUGGCCAACAAGCUGGGCGAGGCGAGCGGCGGCGGCAAAUAUAAGAUUCCAGCUCGGUGGUACCACGUGAUAGCUGUGAAAGGACGCGAUUGGUUUGAUCGUCUAGAAAAACGUUCUUCAGGAACCGAGGAUGCCGGACUUGCCAUGAUGUCCGAGACUCCGUCGACGGCCGCCGAGCCGAUCCCGUCUUCACAGCUCGGCUCUCAGGAACCGCCUGUACCUAUGAACACGGUCAACGCACCGGUGGAGACGUUCUCCGUUCCACCGGGUGUAUCGCAUAUGUCAGGUGGUAUGGAUGGCAUGCGGGAUGGAUACGUCGCCAUGAGCGGCGCUGGGAUGUGGUCCAUGGAUGGCAGUCACGGACAAACCCAAUUCUUCCAGUCCAUGGCCGGUGCCUAUCAGGCUUCCCACCCACAGACUACCCUCCCCCCUCAAUUUGCGUAUGAAUCGCAGAGAAUGCCUCCGCAGGGAGGACAGACGGCGGCAGGGAUGGAGUUGGACGGGUGGCUUCCGGAUGGGAGCAUUUUCGGUAUGCCUCCUCUGCCUGAGUUUUGA